UGCACGCAUUUAUGAAACGGAACGAUUUCGAAGCGUUGCGCAUGGGUAUUGCAGUCUACGCGCUUCAUGCGUGACUCGGAACGCACCCUUAGUGAGUGUACGUGUGGAGGGAAGGAGCUAGUGCGAAAAAUUAUAAGUUAUUAAGUGCGAAAAUUGCUGUACUGAUCAAAUCGAUCUGCUGUACUUAUCAUAUCGACAUGGAUAAAAGACCAUAUGCUAUAGUAGCUUUUACGGGAGAGGAACAGGAGGAUGCAGAAGAAACAAUCGCAGUGGUUCCUGUGAAAUGGAUUGACAAGCUUCACGAUGACAUCACAGAUAUUUUCUGGCCUCCAAAAAGAUGGCCAGAAAAAGGGUCAAGAGCAAUACACCUAAAAAGAGCUAUAAAAAAUUGUAUUGAGCCUGACAUUCAUUGGCCACUUCUUAAAGGAUCAGUCCUACAUUUAUACCAUGAGUAUGAUUAUGCAAUUAAAGGUUUGAAGAAAGCUGAAGAUAACACAUCACUUGAAACGGAGGCGGAUGACGCUCCACGAAGAAAGAAGCUACCAAGGCGUUAUAUAGAUUCUGAUGGAGACAAUGAAGAUGAUGAAGAGAACAAUAUGCCGACUAAGAAAAAAGGUCGUUGCAAGAGAAAAGUUACAAAACUUAGUGAAAGUGAUGAUGAGAGUGGGAGCAAGACUUUGCCUCGGAUAAAUUCUGAUAUCUUGAAUGCAGUUAAAGAAAAUAGCAUCCAUGUGCUUAAAGAAAAUAACAUGAAAAACAAAGUAAGGAGAGAAAAAGCGCUCAGAAGGCAAUCUCUUGAGGACUGUACAAGGCUCAGAAUCCUUCAAGAAUUCCCAAACUAUUCAAAGUCCCAAAGCCAAGGCGAUAAACAAAAACAACAGAAAAAAGUUCACAGUAGUCAAUUUGGAAAUGAUGUCAGAAAAAAUCACAAUGAAAAACGAAAAAUGGAUCAUACUAAUCGGAAAAAUUUUAUGUCCGUCAGAAUGCCAAGCGAGAAUAGUGCAGCAACAUUUUUUAAUAGUAAAAUGUCCUCAGUUCCCUCCCCUAUCAAGGAAAAAGUGGCAAACGACAAAAAGAGUAAAACCUCAGAGAUUCAUAAAACUUCCACUCAUAACUUGUCAAUAUCUGCACCUGAUGUAGCAUCGAGUGAUAUUUCUCUUCAAGAUCAUACUGAAUCUUCAUUUCCAUUCUCAACAGAGAUAAAUAGUUCUGAUAAGGGACUUUCAUGUUUGUCUCAAAAUUCACAAUGUUCCUUGGUACACACCAUCACUUGUGGUACGAGAUCUGAAGCAUGUUCUUAUUCAUCACCGGAUUCAGAAACUAAUCAAAAUGGCAUUUUACUUGAGAAAAAAAGCGACGAAGAGACAAAAAUGCAACUGGAGCCUUCUUACUCUUUCAAAUCCAAAGGUAAUUUUACAUACAAACAAUGUCAUAAUGAAAUUAUGCUGAACAGUACAGUACUCCUGGAGAUUAUGCCAAAUCCAUGACACCUUUUCACAUUCCAAAUAUUCCAUUAAAAACAAGAGAAGACUUUCAAAACAUGGAAAUUUUUUUGGCAGCUAAUCGUAUUAAUUUUGAAGCUGUGGUAAAUCCUAU